GAUGUCGUAUUUUUGUUCCUACCCACCCGCUCACAUAAAAACACACAUUCCAACUUCAUUCACGUCGUAGUGAUUUUUAAUUUUUAAUUUUUAAACACAACCAAUGAAUUAAUAGUAUUUGUAACGUCCGAGCUAUGUUCAUGGUAUUUUCCCCCCGUGACGACUUUUAGAGCGGCAUUUCCCUGUGGCCAUUGCGCAACACGCUGACGAACCGCAGCUCCUUUUAUUAGCCAGUGAGGCUGGGCGAAGAUGACAAGCGGCUUUCUGGCACCUUCGGCCCGGUAAACACUCCAUGUAGACGCCGGUGUUGCCUUCACAUUUUAUUGCCGCUUGCCGCCGUCAUUGUGGAGUGACUUGGAUGCUGGUCAAUAUUUCCAGCUAGCUGCUAGCACCCUUCCUUGCCAUCCUGACCUGGUCCUGACCACCAGGAAGAUGAGCGGCAUGCGCGUGGAUGCCAAGGUGGUGAUGCUGGGAAAGGAGAGCGUGGGCAAGACCAGCCUGGUAGAAAGAUACGUUCAUCAGCGCUUCUUGGCCGGACCCUAUCAGAACCAGACUAUUGGUGCUGCGUUUGUGGCCAAGCCAAUCCAAGUGGGAGACAAAGUCAUCACUCUGGGAAUAUGGGACACGGCCGGGUCGGAACGCUAUGAAGCCAUGAGCAGAAUCUACUACAGAGGGGCCCGGGCGGCCAUCGUCUGCUAUGAUCUGACGGACAGCAGUAGUUUCCAGCGUGCUGCUUUCUGGGUGAAGGAGCUUCAGAAGUGUGAGGAGCACUGUCAGAUCUACUUGUGCGGCACCAAGAAGGACCUGCUUCUAGAAGACCGCAGCUUACGGCAGGUCGAUUUUCAUGACGUUCAGGACUUUGCUGAAGAAAUCAAUGCACAGCAUUUUGAAACCUCCAGCAAAACAGGAAGCAACGUUGACGACUUGUUCCAAAAAGUGGCUGAGGACUACAACAACACAGCUUUCCAGAACAUGACAGCCGAAGAAAAAAACGUCAACCUGGGCCAGCAGAAACACUCGUACUACUCCUUCCAGUCGUGCUGCAACAGCAACUGACCCGCCAGGGUGGCGCUUGGGAAGAGGAACAUGGGAAGUGGGAAAAGACACUAAGAACUGACCCGGACAUCAAGACUGGUCCUCAUUGCUGUGCUGAUGGUCUCUGGCGGACCUCCUUCAAGGUGGACAGCUGCUGUGACGUGUGUUUUUGGAGUCCAUUAACAAGAAAACUCUUAAUUUCACUACAAAAGCCUCUUUUUUUUAAAGUGGUUUGAAGGCAGAGACCUCAUGAAUGGUCUGGUGGUUGAGCUGUCAUAUCCUCCUAUAAAUGUGGGGGGGGGACUACUUUUCUACUUUCAA